GCCACUCAGGUAGCCUAUUCCUAAAAUCUGCGAGGCGUGUCCCAAAAUGAUAAUAUUGAAAACGAAAGUUAAACACAAAAGACAAAACUGAGAAGUUUCUUCUGGUGUUCUCGGUUCAGCCUGAAGCUAUAAGAAUUCAUUUUAGGAUUUUUACGUCUGCAAUUUUAAUUAAUCUAAAAUAGCCUACAAUGGACAACAGGGAAGAACUACAGAAGUUACUUUCUGAAUAUGUUGUGGACACCCUCAACCUCAUUCAGACAGUCAGAGACUUCUGUGACAGGGAAGAGAAAUGGACCCUUCAUAGAGAAACAGAGCUGAAGAGCAUCAGAGAAAUCAAGGAUCAAGCAGACAAAAUCAGUCUUACGAUAAAUCAUGUUGAGCGCUCAGAGAAUAAAGUCAAGGCUGUUGGCGAGUACCUGUGGAAUGGUUUGACAUAUUUUGUCAUAGCUGACUCCAAAUGUCACAAACUGGAGAAGAAACUGGGUGAUGUCCUGAAAAACACAUUUGAGGGGCUGGAGAAACUUGACCACUUUCUGGAUGCAGUGGAGAAACUAACAGUUACCUCAUUAAAUGUCUUCACUGAUCAAAGUGUCCUGCCGAAUGUGGAGAACCCUGCAAAUGUGCGAUCGGUCAUCACAGCUGCCAGAAUGGCGUCUCCUCUCCUCCUCCACUUUAAACGAAAUAAUAAAUCCUUCUUCCUUCCUGAUCUUAAUAAUGUGGAUGUCCUGGCCUUUCAGCUAGACAAAUACAUACGUAUUACACAACAGAUUUGUAGGAAAAUGAAGAGAACAUCUAAGAGUGUAUUAUGGUCUGGAGACAAGCAUGGAUGUAAGAAUGAUGAGCCUUUAGAAAUGUUCAGUUUGCACAUAAGUGAGACCUCCAUGCAAAAACGGCUUGAUCAUUUGAACCAGUUGAGCCAAAUAAGGAUGGACCAUCACACCAGGCUGGCAUUUAUUUUUCAGGAUGAUGCUUUAAACUUCAUUGGUUUGUUCAGUAAGCGUCGCUCUAGGAUGGAGCAGUUCUUGUCAGGUCUGGAGAAAAGUGCAGUUCAACUGGACAGAACGAAGAAAGGGGCCAGUAUUUUUACUAUAGCUGGUAGUUCAGUGGGGAUAGCAGGAGGCGUCUUGUCCAUUGUUGGCCUUGCUCUUGCUCCUGUGACUGCAGGAGUGUCUUUGACUCUCACACUGACAGGGGUUGGUCUGGGGGUAACCAGUGGUGUCACUAGUUUGGUCACAGGUAUCACUGAAACAGCAGUUAACGUUCACUUUGGUAAAAAUGCACAAAGAAUUUUCCGGGAAUUCAUGAAUGAUACAAAUAAGAUGCAAUGUUGUUUGGAGCAGGCCAGUGUGAAGCGUGUAAAGGAUCUCGAUGUGCUUGAUAUUUUCAAAGCUGAGAAGGUUUUAGUCCGUGCUGGAGGAGUGGCCAAAGGUAUUGAUGCCAUGGUUGAUGCAGCUUCAGCUGUUAAAGUUCUCAAAAGUGAGCAGAUGGUUGCGACUGCAAGCAAGAUAGGGCUGCAGGAGACACAAAGUACUCGUACCAUUUCCAAGCUCGUUACAGAGUUGCCUGACUUUGGGAAAUUGGCAAAAGGGACACCACUAGCACUCUCAAAGUCAGCAAGAGCUGGGUUUAUUACAGUAAAUGCCCUAUUUAUUGGUUUGGAUUUCCUUUUUAUUUGUAAAGACAGCAUAAGUCUGGCAAAAGGGAGCAAGAGUGAAACAUCUCAGCUCAUCCGCUCCAGAGCAACUCUGUGGAAAUCUGAACUCGAGGCCUGGCAGAAGAUUUAUGAUUCCCUAUGCAUAGGGAUAUGGAGGUUUAGUAAGAGCCAGAAAGUGUUGGAGCAAACCUUCAAUUUUGAGACGUAAAAUGUGUGUUAAUAUAUAUGGAAUAUGUACCCUUUUAAGCAUUACUCGAGCAUUCAAUAUUUGCAUUUUGAAUGUAUGCACCUAUAUUGUCCGAUUCGCAGCCUUAUGCCCCAACUGGGACGAAGAGGAUAAGGAAGGAAGGAAUUGUCAGAUUCACGUUUUUAAAUUUCCUUUGGUGUGUAAGUGUGUAUUAGUACAUGUUAACGAUAUGCAAAAGGUACAAACCCCAAAGUAAAUGAUGAUGCGAGUUAUCGUCUCCAACGUAAAUCUCUUUUUUUUGGACUACAACAAACACACAGAUUGUAGGCAACAGUUUACUUCCCGGGAUUGGUGAUAUAGACAAGACUGACAUUAUCAUAAUUCCUCCCGCUUUGGACUCAGCCUGUAAGUUAACUCAUGUUAGCACUGCAUUGUGGGCAAAUCUUUUAAACAUGGUAAGGAGCGUCACAUUUCCGGCUGAUGGAGGUAUUCAGGCCAAUCACAACAAAAUCAGUGCGUUUCAGGAAGAGAGUGAAAUCUGGAGCUACAAAAAUUUAUGGUAUGUGGAAAAUAAUGUUUUUUUUUAACCAUAAACAACUCGAACACAUUGUAUUAUACCAAAUACACAAAAUAACAUUGGUGCACUUUAAAGCAUAUAAAGAAAAGCAACAUUACAGAUAUAUUCUGUUUUAUUUGCAAUGUGUUAAAGCAUUUAUAAAGUAUGAUCAUUUAAUACAUAUAAUGUUUAAAGUCACCAGUAUGUACUUUUGAGGGACUAAUAUGCACCUUUUAGGUACAAAAGUGUACUUUUUUAAAAUGGUACCACCCCAGUGACAGCUUUUUGUACCUGUCCUCUGAGAGUGUACUAUUGGAGGUCUUUGUAAUGUACAGGUCAUACGACUCAGAAUGUCAAUUCACAAAUAAUUUGAAACAAAUAUGGUAAUUGUGUUUGUAUGUGUCAAGGUCUUAUAGAAAAGUCUGGUGACAGGCUUAUUUGUAGAUUAGAGUGAAUGAAUUUUGUGUUUUUUUAUUAAUUUAAGGGUGGUGUGAAAGAUUCAGAUGUCUCAGUUAUACAUUGAAAAGUAACAUGUGAUAUAAAGCUGCUAAUUUUAACUGCGCUUCUUGCACACUAUCAGAUAAAAGGUACAAAAGCUGUCACUGGGAUGUUGCCUUUUAAAAAGGUCCUAAUAGGUACAAUUUAUGUACAGAUAUUUACAUUUGAAUCUCUAAUAU